AAAAAUGUAAAAUACUGCAGCAAAGGAGGCCGUUCAUUGACAAAUUCAUGUGCUCUCUCUCUCUCUGUUUCCCUGCAAUAUUUUAUUUUAUAGCUAUUGCUCCAUGUAUAAAUUUUGCAUUUAGUAGAGCUCCUCUCUCAGCAAGAGAGCUUAACAUAAUAAUAAUAAUAGCUAGCAAGAUAUUUUAUAUCCUUUGCUAUUUCUGCUUGCUAGCUUGUUUUGUUACUACAUAACAUACAGUUUAGAAUUCAACCAUUUCAUUUACGCAUUCGCUUCGCAGGCAUUUGCUCUACUAACUAAACUGUACAAAGAAAGCGUUCUCUACUUCUUUCUCUCUUUCUAUCUGAGACGAGCUAAAAUUGAAAAUACAUGCACACACAACGCAAAAUAUUCUCGCGAUUUUCGCUUAGUUCAGACUCGAAUCUUAUGUACAAUUGUUCAGUUUAUGACGUGUUUUUGCAAAUCAGAAAAAGCUACUGAAAAAGUCAGUUUAAUCGACUGUUUUUUGUCUUAAAAUGGCCAUUUAAUCAUUGGUAAUAACAAAGAGCAACUCAUUUUGUAGUUAUGACAUUUUCGGCAAUAAUUAUGACCGACAUAGUUUGAGGCUAGGAUAACCUAAACCGCAGACUAAUCUAAAGUUCACUGUUCUAUUAUCUUUUUCUCUGUUUCAGUCGAUUCACAUCGUCAUGCAAAUCUCGACAUGAAUUUCAAAACUUUCUUACCGAUUCUUGACUGAUUCGUUGGCCUCAAUUUAUACUCCUUCCUCCUUAGCAGCUGUUGGUUACAACGAUUUCUUUUCGGAUAUUUUGAUAAAGAUUUUCUCGCCAGUCGUCAAUUCAAUAUAUGGUAUCGCAAUAUUAUUUUAAUUUCAAAUGAAGUCAAGCUUUUACCUUCUGGACUUUUCAGUUACUUGAUUUUGCGCCCCGAAAAGUAAAAAAAACGCCCAGACGAACCCUUAGAAAGACUAGCAGUGUUGUCUGACCCCUGACCUCCUAUAGCCCUGAGUGUUGGUCACGUGAUUCCAUUCGACGCGGCUCAACGAAGACGAUUCAACCACGUCACCCCGACCCCUCGCUCCUCCGCCUUGGGACGCUAUGUUAUCCUCCCCCCUUCGGAUGUCAGUAAUCAGCCCAAGUAGCGCCCCCAACCCAAAGGAGAAUGGACCCUCCAGCGCCAUGACUAAUCACUCGGUAGGGAUGUCCUCCUCGCUUCCCUCGCCCAUAGCGACAGGGGGCCAUUCACAAACCCAUAGUGCAUCCAUGUCCUCUCUUUCUUCAUCGUCGAGCAGUAGUCAUGAGACGAAAAGCAAAGUGAUUUCCAACAAGCUGGCUAGUUUAGAAACUGAUAUUAACCAGUACGAGAGCAAGAUCGCAAGACUCAUGAAAAAGCGAGAGGAACGUACACGUCACGCUUCUGCUAAUAGUUCACAGCAGCAGCAGUUCAUCAACCAUAAUAACAACAUAAACAAAGCAACCUUGAUCCAAAUGGGAGCAGGAGUUCUUCCUCCGAAUCAUCUGAAUUCGAUCAAAUCCUCACCUUCAGAUGAGGUCAAAACUGAAAACAGCCAGAGUUUAACAGAGGUCAAAUUGUCUCAAAGCUUACCCUCGAGCCAAGAUAAAUACGAAUCAGUUACCAUCACGGACGCAUCAUCGCGGUUAUUACAACUACCUACAGUUGAACACGACACAGUACAAUUAUCGUGCACUUGUUUCGCACACACGGCAGAGGGUGAAGGCUGUCCCCGAAAAGCAUCUUGCACGCGCACGGAAAACGUGCGAGACCUGGCGGAGACGAACAAGAAAUUAACCGAGCAAGAUUUCAUAUUCAAAAUCUACAGUCAGAAUCGGAAGAACGCAGAUUUCUGGCACCGGAUGUUGGGAGACAGUGGUCCCUGUCUGGCAGAGAUUCCCAAGUACGCACAGCCCUGUGAAGCCCCUGCAUAUCAAGCAAACAGGAACAAAUUUCACCUAUUCAAGAGCAAAUUGGUCGAGAGCAUCAGUCGGCAGAAGAAAACACUGCACGAAGCGGAUCAGAACUGGGCUGAGCAAUAUGACAGCAGUUACACGCAAUGGAGCAGCAAAGUUCAAUCUCAGAAAAACAGCGCCAAGAGAAGAGCGAAGGACGCUAAGAACCGCGAAUUCUUCGAGAAGAUUUUUCCAGACCUGAAAAAGCGACGGGAACAGGACGAACGAAUUGCACGGAUGGGCACUCGAGGUAGUGGAAAAAGCGAGUUCGAGAUAGAAGAAAUAGCUUCCAGUCUCCGCCAACAGGAGUUGAGUGAAUCCGAAAUGCACCGCAACGCAGUCGUUCCUCCCCUCUGUGUGAACAGAUUAGGCACCAAUCGAAGUCGGCUGCUGUUCAAGUACUUGGAUUGCAACCGCUUCGUGGAGGACCCUUUGUCGUUGCACAAACACACCCAAAACAUAUCUUCCUGGAGUCCCCAGCAGCAAAAGCUUUUCAGAGACAAGUAUCUCGUCCACCCAAAGAACUUCGCGGCUAUUUCCAAUUCUGUCGGAAAGCCCAUCGAAGAAUGUGUAAAGUUCUACUAUCUGAAAAAACCGACCGAGAAUUACAAGAAACAGCUUCGCAGCAACUCCAUCAAAAGAAAGCGAGAUCCGAAAAUUAAAAGCAAAACAGGCUCUCAGUUUGCACCUCAAUCCUCUGAGACCGCGAGGUCCAUAUCACCCAUUUUCGCCUCCGCCUCAUCCCACUCCUCCGCAACUGCACCACCCUCAACGACAACAUCAACUUCGGAUCUUUCCACCAGUGCUACUGCUACUACAUCGUCUCCCGCAGUCGCCGCGGUUGCCGCCGCUGACGAUUCCAAGACCCUCCCGGGUAAAGCGUCCUCCUCGACAAAUUCAGAGGACUCAAGCUCAACGUUUGCUGCCGAUGUCAAAAGCAGCACACAAGGCACAACUACUUGUUAUAGUACUGAUAGUUCCGCCGCAACUUCAAAAACAGCGAUACUAGCUACGAAUGAUUCAACGAGCAACGUCGAAAUCACUGCCACGUCUAGUUAUAGUAGCUCACUUGCAAAAGCUCAAAUCAUGAGCGAAAUUGAUUCGAAAACCUUGCCGUCAGUUGAAUCCGGCAAGACCUCUACUCAAUUGAAUAUAGUAUCGGAGCCCAAGGUACAUGCAAAUGAUAAGGAAAAUCAGCAACAAAUGUCAGCAUCUAAUCCGCUGCUCCAAAACAUGACUUGGUCCUCGGGUGGAAUUGGUGGUUCGCGUGAAGAUGUUUUCACACGAGUCGUGAAUUACGCACAAAUGGAUCUGGCACGGAACUCGAUCGGGUUCACAUCUGUGGGGACGAGUAAUCAAAGCAGCACGAGCACCCAUAGUUACUCAUUGGCCAGUGCAAAGCAAGAGGAAGCGAAUUCGAGUAGUUUCUUCUCGCAGCACAUGUCGACAGGUGUGGCGGGUCCAAUUGAACAACUUUCAAGAGCAGCGGCUGCUCACGAAGACUCCAAGAUCUCGCACGUAUCGACAGGGUCUAUCAGUAAUUACCCGAAUCUCAUCAGUGGCACCGCAACAACUGGCGGCGCUCUACCGAAUCGCGCCCCAUCCAGUCCGAUAAUCUCCCACCUGUCGGGAGGAUCUGUAGGCCAUUCGUACAGAGAUCAACAGUUGCACUUGCAGUCGUCGUCAGGAACCAGCGGAGGACAUUACCUAAACGUCCUGAGCAGGACUUCGAACUCAGUCUCACCCAGACUUCAACAGGUGGGAAUAAAAGCCGAAUUUGACCGCUCUUCUAUUCAGAGCAUUUCGCCAGGUGCUUCGGCUAUCUUGCAACUUCACCAACAACAGCAGAAUCAACAACAACAACAGCAGUUGUUUGGAGAGAACAGAACUCACUAUCAGUUGCCAGAAGUGAACUCACCCCCGAAUAGAGAAAGAACUUCGCUCAAAAACUGUUGUCCUGUACCUCUAUGCACGCAUAACAAGAACAGACAUCGAAAGCUCAAGUGUCUCCACACAAAGUUCGACUCCCUCUCCCACGAACAGCGACAAGCACUACAAACUGAGCUAGGAAUCACAGAAGGAGUAACGAAGGCCUGUGCUCAUUGCUACAAUAGAAUAACCCAGCUGCUAGACCCAGAACACGUCAUAGGCUCAUCGAGCUCACAGGAGUCGCACCAACAGUCAAACUCAUACCAACACCAACAUCCACAGUCGGGAAGCACCUCGGUGUCGCCAAACUCAUCGGCCAAGGGUGCAGCUCAAGCGUUUUCAGCUGAAGAAGCGGCGGCCAGUGGCAGUGUAGCGUGGACUAGCGAGGAAGAAGAAAGGUACCGGAGUGUGUUGAAGAACCACGGCCUCGACUGGGAGAGACUGGGAGCUGCCAUACCCUCCAAGACAGACAGACAACUCAGGCACUUCUACCUAGAGAACAGCCACAAGUUACACCACCUAGUUUCAGAGUGGACCAAAACCACGGUCGCAAGUAGACGAAACAGGAUCGGUAGUAGCUCUAACGCAACAAGAGGUUCCCAUUCGGCCUCGGGAAGAAACGGAACGGGAUCCACGGUUGAAUCAGGAGGAGCUACCAACCAUCAGGCAGGUUCCGACGAUACAGACUAUUUAACAGACGAUGCGGACGACCCGCAGCAACUGAGCUCCGCCAAUACAACGACCGCAACUGAAGGCGGCGGUAAUUCUCCCGCACAAAUGAAGAGUCACAUUAUGAGGAAGUACACGUUGGCAGACGGAUCCCCUGUCGCCGCAGUUCCCAACAACAACAAUAUCGGCAUAGUCAGCUCAAGUGUCUCCACACAACCAGUGUUUUCUAAAGCUUUCGCCAAUAAUUCAGCCGCUUCAAAUUCUGUCGGGGAUAACAGUAAACAACUCACUAUAGAUGACAUAAUCAGUAAAGGAAUAAACAGCAAAGUGAGCCCAGAAGAUAUGGACUUGACAGGAACUCCCAUCUUAAAGCUAUUCAGUGACUUGAAUCCCAACUACAAUGUGAAACACAAUCAUAAUUUAUUCCAGCGACAUGUACCGUCUGAUUGUCAACAGCUUCAGAUGCAUUCGCAGCGCAACCUAGGAGGCUCGUCGUCGCCCCCCGCCGCUUUGAAAGGGGGAUGUAUCGGAGGUCAAAAGCAAACAGCUCUUGACAUGAUGAAGUCUCAGAUAAGAAGCAACUUGGCCAAUGGGGAGGCGAUUGAAGGUCCGAUUUCAAAGCAGCUCAGAAUAGAUUUACAGCACAGUGGGACAAAUCUGUCUGCGAUUUCGCCUUCAAGCGGAGGCUCCACGCGCAACCCUCUGGACAAAACGAGUCCGAUAUCACCAACGCCGUUGAACAGUCACAGCCGGCCGAGCUCAAAGGGAACUUCAAACGCACCGCCGGCUCCGCCCCCGCUUCUUCACAUCCCAUCGCAACUAUCCGCCGCCGCCGCCGCCGCCGCCGCGCACCAUGAUCGCAAAUCGCCCUUAGUGAACAAGCAGGAGAAAAUGCAACAGCUGGUUAAUAACUACACAAAUAACACAGCAGUGACGUUAGGCGGAUCCAUAUCUCAGGGUAUCCCAGUGCCAUAUCCCUCGCUCAUGUCGGAAAUGACACCAGAACAACAGGUGCUGGCAGUAGCCGCGCGUCAGCUCCACUCCUCAACUGGAAUGAUGCAGCUGAAUGGACUAAAUGGCAGCAAUCCUCUCUUGAUCACAAAUGACCUUCUGAGACUGCGAGAACAACGAGCGGGCGCUCUCGACAUACCGAGCACUACUACCAGCGGCGGCGGCAUUGGAGCUUCGAUUAAGUCCCUGACUAAUGAACUAUUGGCUACUGAUUACAUGACAUCGCAAAAUAUGGACGCAGCUCAUAAAAACAAGCAUAGGACAUCUCCCCCAAAUGGUGCUUUGUCAUCCAAUGCACCGCCUCCAUCCUCCACGUCCAUGAAUGUUUCGGGGCGAAGGGCAGAGAGCAUACAAGCAGCGCAAAAUGCCGCUACUCAGAACGCAAAUGGAGCGCUAGCCGUAGCGGCUGCACUCCAAAACCUCCCAAAUUUGCCUCCUCAGGCACUUUUAGAUCCCCAAUUAUCCGCGUAUAUUCUUCAGAAUCAGCAAAUUCAACAACAGUUGCAGCAACUUUACCUCCCGCACCAAAAUGCAAACAAGCAGCUGUUUGUUCCCCAAGCGCCCUCAAAUCACCCAAUAAACUGGCCGCUUCUAUCAUCAGUGGGGGUGGGAGGAGCUGCGCCUCCUUGGCCGUACCCUGGAACCGUCCCAGGGGCUCCCCCUCCGCCCACCACAUCUUCAUCGUUAAGACCACCAACUGGGUCGCAUGCUCCAGCGUUUCAACAUCUCGCUGCAGCUGUAAGUCAGGCAUCUUUUACUAAUGGGUCAGUAUCGGCUGCUGAUUACGCUAGACACUUGGAACUAUCAGACCCGAUGAUACUUCAGAAACUGGCAGAAUACCAGCAUCUAGAUCAACUUCUCAAAUUGCACCCAGGGUUUGCUGGAAAAGAGCACCAGCUAACUGCAGAUGUAUUGUACAACCUGCAUUCUUCAGUUGGAGCGAAUUCCGGAAACUCGGCAGCUGCUCAGGCUGCAGCCCAGGAAGCGAAUCGUCUGGCUCAACAUCAGUCUGUGAAUUACUUCAAAGCAAAUCCGGCAGUUGUAGCAUCAAAAGCAAAUGCGAUGGCCGCUAAUGAACGAGAGAAGAGUAAAGUGCUUCUCCAACAGAGUUUGAUUCAAGCAGGACACUCGAACGCAACGGCUGCGGCAGUUGCAAACAGUUACCUCAACAAGAGAAGCGUUAAUGAGAUGCAGGGAACUACACCUCUCACGUUGCCAAGCUCAAUGAAUUCAGGCAACAAGAUGCACGAAUCUCGACAGCCCAGCUCAGUUUUCAGUUCCAGCUUACAACGGGUUCCACCGGCGACAACAGGUGCCGCCGUGUCUUCCGCGCCGCCGGUCAAUAAGGUUCCAAAACUGUCUCCUUCUGAAGUUCGAGAACAUCAAAGGGCGAUCGAAGAACACAAUCACUCGCUUGAACAGAUGCACAGGAAGAGGGCGAUCUCUCCGUCUUCUGGGAAGGGCUAUGGUGCCUCAAUGGCAAAGAAAAUGAUGUCGCAAUCUGAGCAUCAAGGAGGCAUGGAUGCCAACGUCCCUAGAUCGACAAACUCAAAUAGUAGAUUACAGUAUAACUCCUCUACAACUUCAUCUGGUGCUAACUCUAAUAUGACUCAUCCAAGCCAGAACCCUUCAAUCGUAGUUUCCAGUAAUAACCAGGGUCUGGCAAACGGACCAUCAUCACAGUCGACGUUGUCCGGAGCGCACGCAAGUGCAAACGGAACGAGUGACAAUGGAAAAGGCGGAGGAGGUGGAAACAGUAACAGCAACAGCAAUUAUCAAAUGCAGAAACAUUUUUCUGACAAAUAUGUUCCCAAGUAUUACAGACCGUCACCGAUGUUGAAGCAAAGUAGCAAAAAAGACGAGCAUCAAAACGGGUCAAACGGUGCCCAAAUUAUGGGAGCCAAUUCAACAUCAUCAGGCGCUGUAAAUGUAAAGAAGCAGCCACAAUUACCAUCUGUGUCGAAAGAAAACGGCUGUUACACUCAGUCUAAAGAUAAUUCAAAAGAGAACAAAGACACAAAUCAGCAACCGGCUGUCAACACGAAGCAUCACAACGUUUCUAGAAGCUCCCCAGUUUCAGUACCAAGUAGUUCAGCUACCACAGCUGCCCACCCUAAACCAUUGGUGCAUGAAGUCUCGAAAAGUUGA